AAUGGCGGCUAGAGGUGGAACAGUACAUCAACAGUGAAAACAAAAAGUCCAGAGAAAACUGAAGGAGCUUCACUAGACACGACUCAGGCACUGAAAAAGUUCAUACAUGAGAAUGUCUCGCUGGGUGCCCACGAAAAAGGAGAAGUAUGGAGUCGCGAUCUAUAACUACGAUGCCCGCAGUGAGGAGGAGCUGUCUCUGCAGAUUGGGGACACGGUGCACAUAUUGGAGACGUAUGAAGGAUGGUACAGGGGAAACAGGCUGAGGAGGAAGUCCAAAAAGGGCAUAUUCCCCGCGUGCUACAUUCACCUGAAAGAAGCCACAGUGGAGGGCAAUGGGCAGAAAGAGACGGUCAUCCCCAACGAGCUGCCCUUGGUGCAGGAGGUCACGACCACCCUACGAGAAUGGGCCUCCAUAUGGAGAGACCUAUAUGUGGGAGACAAGCGAGAAAUGUUCAACUCGGUGCGCGACAUGAUCUACGACCUGAUCGAGUGGCGCUCUCAGAUCCUGUCUGGCACGCUCCCUCAGGACGAGCUGACGGAGCUCAAGCAGAAAGUCACCUCCAAGAUGGACUACGGCAACAAGUACUUGGAUCUGGACCUGGUGGUCAGGAACAAAGAUGGGAACAUCCUAGACCCCGACCUGACCAGCACCAUCAGCCUGUUCCGGGCCCACGAGGCCGCCUCCAGACAGAUCGAGGAACGCAUCCAGGAGGAGAAGUCCCAGAAGCAGAACAUGGAGCUGAGCAGGCUGGCCAAGUUUGCCUCCACGCCGUCCUUCGCCCUGUUCGUCACCCUGAAGAACGUGGUGUGCAAGAUCGGAGAGGACGCCGAGGUGCUCAUGUCCCUCUACGAUCCUGUGGAGUCCAAAUUUAUCAGUGAGAACUACCUCGUGAAGUGGUCCAGCUCUGGACUGGUCAAGGACUUGGAUCAGCUGCACAAUCUGCGGGCUGUUUUCACGGACCUGGGCAGUGAGGACCUGAAGAGGGAGAAGAUCAGCUUUGUGUGUCAGAUCGUGCGCGUGGGACGCAUGGAGCUGCGGGACAAUAACACCAAGAAGCUGACCACCGGCCUGCGGAGGCCCUUUGGAGUGGCAGUCAUGGACGUGACGGACAUCAUCACAGGCAAAAUGGACGACGAGGACAAGCAGCACUUCAUCCCCUUCCAGCCGGUGGCGGGCGAAAACGACUUCCUCCAGACCGUCAUCAACAAGGUCAUUGCCGCCAAAGAGGUCAACCACAAGGGCCAAGAUAGUGUGAUGUGUAGAGAGUCUACAUCCGAAAUCCGAAAGGAGGGUUGGAACAGAGUAGAUUUGGAGAAGAAAGACUACUAUAAAGAGCACAACAGCUCCGUGUUUGAGAAGAAACUUACUGAGAGACUGCUUCCCCUUACAAUCAGCAUCAUCAUCAUCAUCGUCAUCUUCAUCACCACCAGUAACCGCCAUCAUCAGGGUCUUGUUCUCCAUCCAGCUGGGCGGCAGCAGAAUGUAAUCUUCCCUGGAGCCGGAGAUGAAGGGAUCCUUGAGUACAAGUCUGUGAUCUACUAUCAAGUGAAACAACCUCGCUGGUUUGAGACAAUCAAGGUUGCCAUUCCCAUUGAGGACGUCAACAGGAGCCACCUCCGCUUCACCUUCAGACACAGAUCAUCACAGGACUAUAAAGACAAAUCAGAGAAGAUCUUUGCCUUGUCCUUCGUCAAGCUGAUGAGGUAUGACGGCACGACGCUGCGAGAUGGGGAGCAUGAUCUCAUCGUCUACAAGGCUGAGGCUAAGAAGAUGGAGGAUUCUUCUCUUUACUUGAACCUCCCGGCCACCAAGUUGGAGCUGGAGGAGAAGGGCUACCCCACCACGGGCAAGAGCCUGCAGAACCUGGGCAACUGCACCAUCAGCAAGGACUCCUUCCAGAUCGCCACCCUGGUCUGUUCCACCAAACUCACCCAGAACGUGGACCUGCUGGGUCUGUUGAAGUGGCGCUCCAACACCAGCCUGCUCCAGCAGAACCUGCGGCAGCUCAUGAAGGUGGAAGGAGGAGAGGUUGUCAAGUUUCUACAAGACACCCUGGAUGCCCUCUUCAACAUCAUGAUGGAGAAUUCUGACAGUGACACAUUUGACACCCUGGUUUUUGAUGCUUUGGUUUUCAUAAUUGGGCUGAUAGCGGACAGAAAGUUCCAGCACUUUAACCCCGUCCUUGAAACCUACAUCCGCAAACAUUUCAGCGCUACACUUGCCUACACGAAACUGACAAAGGUGCUGAAGAACUAUGUGGACAAUGCAGAGAAGCUCACAGAUCAGCUCCUCAAGGCCAUGAAGGCGCUGGAAUACAUUUUCAAGUUCAUUGUGCGCUCCCGAGUGCUCUUCAAUCAGCUGUACGAGAACAAAGGUGAGGCCGACUUCAUGGAGUCCCUGAGGAACCUCUUCACCUCCUUUAACAACAUGAUGAACAGCAGCGCGGAGAACACGAGCAUGGUGAAGGGCGCCGCAUUGAAGUACAUUCCAACCAUCGUCAAUGAUGUCAAGCUGGUGUUUGAUCCAAAGGAGCUGAGUAAACUGUUUACGGAGUUCAUUCUGAAGGUCCCAGCAGGACGCCUUAUGAAGCAGAAGCUGAACUGCAUGAUUGACAUUGUUGACAGUGAUCUCUUCACGCAGCACGACUGUAGGGAAAUCCUGCUGCCCCUGAUGACCGAUCAGCUGAAACUGCACCUGGAGCAGCAUGAAGAGCUAGAGGCCUGCUGCCAACUCCUCAGCAACAUCCUUGAGGUGCUCUACCGCACUGAUGUGGGUCCAACUCAGUGGCAUAUUGAGGUCAUUAUGGAGAAGCUUCUGCGGACAGUCAACCGAACGGUCAUCUCCUUGGGUCGAGAUUCAGCACUCAUAGGCAGUUUCGUAGCCAGCAUGACAGCCACUCUGCGUCAGAUGGAGGACUACCACUACUCUCAUCUCAUCAGCACCUUUGGCAAAAUGAGGACGGAUGUAGUGGAUUUCCUAAUGGAAACAUUUAUCAUGUUCAAGGAUCUCAUUGGCAAGAAUGUCUACCCUGCCGACUGGGUUAUAAUGAACAUGAUGCAGAAUAAAGUCUUCCUGCGGGCCAUCAAUCAAUAUGCCACCGUGCUGAACAAGAAGUUCCUGGACCAGACCAACUUCGAGCUUCAGCUCUGGAACAACUACUUCCACCUGGCCGUGGCCUUCCUCACGCAGGACUCCCUCCAGCUGGAGAACUUCUCCAGCGACAAGCGCAACAAGAUCUACCACAAGUAUCAGGACAUGAGGAGGCAGAUUGGCUUUGAGAUCAGAGAUAUGUGGUAUAACUUGGGUCCACACAAGAUCAAGUUCAUCCCGGAGAUGGUGGGGCCCAUCCUGGAGAUGACACUGGUGCCCGAGAUCGAGCUGCGCAAGGCCACCAUCCCCAUCUUCUUUGAUAUGAUGCAGUGCGAGUUCCACUUCACACGCAGCUUCCAGAUGUUUGAGAAUGAGAUCAUCACCAAGCUGGACCACGAGGUGGAGGGCGGCCGCGGAGACGAGCAGUACAAAGUCCUCUUUCAGAAAAUUUUACUGGAGCACUGCAGGAAGCACAAAUACCUGGCCAAGACAGGUGAGAACUUUGUGACUCUGGUGGUGCGUCUGCUGGAGCGGCUGCUGGACUACCGGACCAUCAUGCAUGACGAGAACAAGGAAAACCGCAUGAGCUGCACCGUCAACGUCCUGAACUUUUACAAAGAGAUUGAGAGAGAGGAGAUGUACAUCAGGUACCUGUACAAGCUGUGUGACCUCCACAAAGAGUGUGAUAACUACACUGAGGCCGCAUACACUCUGCUGCUACAUGCCAAGCUACUUAAGUGGUCCGAGGAUCCCUGCGCUGCCCAUCUUACCCAGAGGGACGGCUACCAGGCCACCACUCAGGGUCAGCUCAAAGACCAGCUCUACCAGGAGACCAUCAACUACUUCGACAAGGGCAAGAUGUGGGAGGAGGCGAUCAUUCUGGGGAAGGAGCUAGCUGAGCAGUACGAAAAUGAAAUGUUUGACUUUGAGCAGCUGAGUGCUUUGUUGCGCAAGCAAGCUCAGUUCUACGAGAACAUCGUCAAGGUGAUCCGGCCGAAGCCUGACUACUUUGCCGUGGGCUACCACGGCCUGGGCUUCCCCUCGUUUCUCAGGAAUAAGAUGUUCAUCUACCGGGGCAAAGAGUACGAGCGCAGGGAGGACUUUGAGGCGCGCCUGCUCACUCAGUUCCCCAACGCCGAGAAGAUGAAGACCACUAACCCACCUGGAGAGGAGAUAAGGAACUCACCCGCUCAAUACAUCCAGUGUUUCACAGUCAAGCCCAUCCUUGAGCUUCCACCAAAGUUCCAGAACAAACCGGUGUCGGAGCAGAUCUUGAGUUUCUACACUGUAAAUGAAGUCAACAAGUUCCAGUAUUCCAGACCAAUUAGGAAAGGGGAGAAGGACCCAGACAACGAGUUUGCAAACAUGUGGAUCGAGCGGACCACUUACGCCACCGCCUACAAGCUGCCUGGGAUCCUGCGCUGGUUUGAAGUCAAGUCCUUCUCCACAGAGGAGAUCAGUCCCUUGGAGAACGCCAUGGAAACCAUGCAACUGACCAAUGAAAAGAUCAGCAACAUGGUGCAGAGACACUUGAACGAUCCCAACCUUCCCAUCAACCCCCUGUCCAUGCUUUUGAAUGGAAUUGUAGACCCGGCCGUCAUGGGUGGCUUCACCAACUAUGAGAAGGCCUUCUUCACAGAGAAGUACACCCAGGAGCACCCUGAGGACCGCGAGAAGAUUGACAAGCUCAAGGAUCAGAUUGCCUGGCAGAUCCCGUACCUGGCAGAUGGCGUGCGUAUCCACGGUGAGAAGGUGACUGAGGCGCUGAGGCCCUUCCACGAGCGCCUGGAGGCCUGCUUCAAGCAGCUCAGGGAGAAAGUGGAGAAGCAGUACGGGGUCAAGACUCUGCCAGGGGCGGACGAGCGUCGUGGCGGUCAGAGGCCCCGCUCUAUGGUGCGCUCCUUCACCAUGCCCUCCUCCCAGCGGCCACUGUCUGUCGCCUCGGUCACCUCCAUCUCCUCCGACAACUCCCCCUCCAGGCCCGGCUCUGAUGGGUUUACCUUGGAGCCUCUCCUGCCCAAGAAAGUGCACUGCAAAUCCCAGGACAAGCUAGACCGCGACGAGCCCGAGAGAGAGCGCAAGGACAAGGAGAAGAAGAAGGAGAAGAGGAACAGCAAGCACCAGGAGAUCUUCGACAAGGAGCUCAAGGCCACCGAGAUCCCCAUGCAGCCUUCUGAGACCGUCAUACUCUCAGAGAUGAUCAGUCCACUAAGGCCCCAGAGGCCCAAGAGCCAGGUGAUCAACCUCUUGGGCCCCGACCGUCGCCUCUCUGUGUCCCCUGGCCCCCCGACCCCCUCAGCCACGGCAGCGGCAGCAGGGGUCCCUCCUCCUAUCACCCCCAGGGCCAAGCUGUCCUUCAGCCUCCUCUCGGGCUCCAAUCUGGAGCUGAACGGGACAGGCUGCGCAGAGAAAGGGGAAGUCCCACCCCCGCUGCCGAUGAAGGGCAGCAUGGCCGACUACGGGAACCUGAUGGACAACCCAGAGCUGGCCAGCCCCACCACACCUCCCCCUCCCCCACCACAUCUGAGGCAUCUGCCACCCCCCCCGAGCAAGACUCCCCCUCCCCCGCCACCGAAGACGACAAGGAAGCAGGCCUCCAUCGAUUCUGGAAUCGUACAAUAAGAGGCGACAUUAACCUGCCACGAGGAACAAAGAGAUUAGAACUGAUCUGAACUGAACAAACAUUGAAACCCCCCCCCCCCCCCUCCCCCAAAGACUGAAUUGAAAUUGUGUAUUAGUGUUUUAAAUGUAGAACCCCCCCCCCCCCCAGUUUUGGCAAAGCUGAAUACCUCGUGAAGGUCUGUAUCUGCGAUCGCUGCUCUCUGCUAGGAGUCUGUGCACUUCACUAGGGAAGCUGUGCAAAUGAUUAAUCAAGCCCUGGAGUGAGCUGUCAGCAGUGGACAGACUUCCUCCUGUACUUCUCCAGGUAACCUCCACAACAGUGUUUUAUGAAAUGCUUUCUCUCUUUUUCUGAUGAGUACAUUCUGACCAAGCAACCAAUGGCCAACACGGACCACUUUCAGGAAACUGAGGUUUGAUUGCUUUAUUCUGCAGCGUUUUUAUAAGGGUAGUUUUCUCCAUAUAGCCACACUGUUCUCAGUGUAUCACACUGUACAGAGUUGUUUUGUAUAUAUAAAUAUAUAUAUAUGAUUUUAUUUUUUAUUGUUAUUUACUUUCUUUGAAAAGUGAAUUCAUGAUGACUUUUAUUAACAUGACAUUAACUGGCAUUUUACUCCAAAAAAGGGCUUGUAGGUUUUCCAAUGACAGGGACUGUAAAGGACCGUAUGUAAAUGACCUUGUGAUGGAUUCUUAUUUUUUUUUUUUUUUUGAGAGAGUGUAAACAACUAACUCUCCACCAUACUAUCAUUGUAUAGAAUUUUGUCAUACAUUGCUGUAACCAUAGAUUCCAGUAACAUCAAAAAUGUUCCAAAAUUCACUACUGACUUUGAAAUAAACUCUCUAAAUGUAUGUAUUUUUAAA